CGGAGGGAGGUGUUUCUGUCAGUUCCGGCUGUUUGUUCGGGAAGUGGAUCCGCCGCUGCCGGAGCACCCCGGAGGGAGCUGCGGAUCGCGAGGCCAGCACCGACCCCGCCCGCUAGCGUUCGCCUCCCCCGCCCGCCAUGGCCCGGGACUACGACCACCUCUUCAAGCUGCUCAUCAUCGGCGACAGCGGUGUCGGCAAGAGCAGUUUACUGUUACGUUUUGCAGACAACACUUUCUCAGGCAGUUACAUCACCACGAUUGGAGUGGAUUUUAAGAUUCGGACUGUGGAGAUCAAUGGCGAGAAAGUGAAGCUGCAGAUCUGGGACACGGCCGGGCAGGAGCGCUUCCGCACCAUCACCUCCACAUAUUAUCGGGGGACCCACGGGGUCAUCGUGGUCUAUGACGUCACCAGCGCCGAAUCCUUUGUCAACGUCAAGCGGUGGCUUCAUGAAAUCAACCAGAACUGUGAUGACGUGUGCCGGAUACUAGUGGGGAAUAAGAAUGACGACCCUGAGCGGAAGGUGGUGGAGACAGAAGACGCCUACAAAUUCGCCGGGCAGAUGGGGAUCCAGUUGUUUGAGACCAGCGCCAAGGAGAAUGUCAACGUGGAAGAGAUGUUCAACUGCAUCACAGAGCUGGUCCUCCGAGCAAAGAAAGACAACUUAGCGAAACAGCAGCAGCAACAACAGAACGAUGUGGUGAAGCUCACGAAGAACAGUAAACGAAAGAAACGCUGCUGCUAAUGCCCCCAGCCCACUGCAGAGACUGCACUGCGGCCACUCCCCCUGCCCCAGGCCAGGGGGCUCCUCUCCUCGGGGGACACUGUUUCGUGCCGUUAUUUAAAGAAUUCUCUCCACGUUUUUGUACCGGGAGGCGCCAUCGGCACUUCCUCCCCUCCCCCCUCGAGUGCCAAGAAGGUGUUGGACAGCCUGCCCUUCCCUUCUGGCGCCCCUGCCCCCCGGCCAAGGCGCCUGGGCCCGGCGAGGACGCUGCCAGCCGAGCGGACUGAUUAACCGGAGUUUGUACAUAAUGUAUAUUGCUUUAACCAGCGCAUCACCCUUGUCCUGCUCUGGCUCUUGCCUCCCUAAUGCCAGCCUGCUGCGACACCCCCCUCCCCACCCGACCCCAACUUACUGCCAGCAGCUUCCUGAGGGGACAGGAUUACAUUCUAGACAUACCUUUUGCCAACCUGGGCUGGUGAAGUGGGCUCCACGUGACUCGUUCUCUCUUGCAGGCUGUCGGUGUCUGUCCCUGGCAUGUAGGGGCUCACCCCUGUCCAGGGCCUCUGCCGGCCCAGCUCCCUCCCCUCCCCAUCCCGUCCUGUAACCAUUCUGGCAGCUGGGGAAACCUGGCCUUGAAGUGGGCCUGGGGUUCCCAUCAGAGGCCUGACCCUUCAUUUCCACAGGAGUCACUCCUGCCCUUUGGCCAACGGAUUUCUUGUCCUGCCUUCCAGAUGCCUCUGAGCUACAAACCCAGGGGAGCUAUGGCUUUUAAUUUAUAUACCAACCUGUUUUGGUUCCAGUAGAAAGAUAGGGGUGUGUCUGUGCAGGGAUGAGCUUGCAGGGGGACUAAGAUGCAUCAUUUUAACAGAUAAA